ACAUGUAAAUGAAUGACGUUGAUACUAAAGGGGAUGAGCAGGAGGACUACACUACAGCAUUCAACAGUAACUUUCCGCUGCAGGUCAGAUGCGCGCUCGAACUGGACGGACUGAUGAGUGAACGGAAGCUGUGAGAGAAGAAGGAAGGAGAUACUCAAUAUAAUAAUCAUCAUCACGCUUCGGGAGACAAGGAGUCAAGAAUGACAGAUAUAAUGAACAAUCCAGAACACAGUCGAGAAGACUUCACUGUGAGUGACAGCGGAGAGCAAGGCGUUUCAUUGCAGAUUUUUCCAGACACACAGGAACGCCACCCCAAGCUGUCCAAGCGUGUGCCCUCCAUCGUGGUGGAUCCCACAGAUGGAGGAGAGGUGGAGAGCGGAGAGUUACGCUGGCCUCCGGAUGACCACAUGACCACAGAGCCUUCAGGCCAAACACGCACACCAUCUCAAGAGAUCGCAUCUGCCUCCCAAACCCAGAUCUCACACAGCAAGAGUGCAGAUGAAGCCAAGUGCAGCAGCCUGGAAACAUCAGGGGCAGCUGAGCGUAACUGAAAUUUUUAUAAAUAUGUUGUUGCGAGUCUGUCAUUAUCACAAGUCUGAGUUCUCACAAAGUGUUCACACUUAGAAAGAAAGACACAAACACACUGACAAGCAGCCAAUCUGCCAGGAAGGUGCAAAUAAGAUCAGAGCUCGCGAUGCUAUAUCUGAUCACCCUUUGUAAAGCGCUCGAGGCUUUAAAAAAAGACUUCUCGAAAGUCUUUCGUACUUUUACAAAUGAAGCUCUUGUUACAUUUUAGCUGUGGCUUUAACGACAGUCUCACGUUGCCUUUAAGUUUUAAAGCCUAAAUUAUUAAAUUAGGAAGCUGUUACUUUAUCUUCAUACACUGCGGUUAGUUACUUUAGUUUUUAAAAAGUGAGUAAAUGUGUUGCCUUAAAAGCAACAAGUUGGUUUAACAUUGCACGGUGGCUCACUGGUUAGCACUGUCACCUCACAGCAGGAAGGUCACUAGUUCGAGUCCCAGCUAGACGGUUUCCACCGCAGUCAAGAUACUGUAUGCGCUAUAGGUGAAUUGAGUAUUCUAAAUUGGCCGUAGUGUAUGAGUUUGUGUGUGAAUGAGUGUGUAUGGAUUGCAGCCGGAAGGGCAUCCGCUGUGUAAAACAUAUGCUGGAUAAAUUGGUGGUUCAUUCUGCUGUGCCGAAUAAAGGGACUAAGCCGAAAAAAAUUCAUGAAUAAAUUGGCCGUAGUGUUUGUGUGUCAAUGAGUGUGUUUGGGUUUCCCAGUACUGGGUUGCGGCUGGAAGGACAUCCGCUGUGUAAAACAUGUGCUGGAAUAAUUGCCAGUUCAUUUCCCUGUGGCGACUUCUGAAAUAGAGACUAAGCCGAAGAAAAAUGAAUGAAUGAAUGAAAAAAGUCAUUAAACACAUUGGCUUAACUUUUAUAAUAAUGCACAUAGUUUGUUUGCUUAAAAGUUAUCAUAGAUAUUUACAUUAGAUGUCACCUACACUAUUGUUGUCUAUUGGAAGGAAUGCGUCAAUUGAGCUGCCAUUUUAGUACAGGUAGCGCUCCUUUGAAAUGAAUGUGGGGUAAGCAUAGGCCUGUAUAAGAUUCUGACGGUAUGAUAACCUUGGAUAAAAAUAUCAGUUUCACGGUAUCACGGUAUUGCGAUUUACUGCCCUAAAAUAUCUUCGUUUUGAAUGUCUGGGAAGAAAACAAAAACUUUUUUCUCCCCUUUGAACACAAAACAUUUUAUUUUGUGAAAGAUUUUAAAUAUUUUGGAGCAGUAAACAUGUCAGGCUAAAUAAUUCAAAUGAAUCAUAGAAUUCUGCUGUCUUCAUUUGUUUCAAAAACACUGAUUUCUUUACAAUUUAAAACAGCAUCUUUGGAUAUCUUUUCUGCUGGAGAUACUGUUGUCCUAAAAACAAAAUGUAAAAAAAAAAUCUUACACAUACCUUAGGUAUUACAAAAAAUGUUGGCGGUUUUAAAACCUUGACUUUUCCAAACCGCGCUAUACCUUGAAAAUGGUUAUCAUCCCAUGUGGGAACAAGGUGUAGUGGAGGAAUGGCCAUCGGAGCCCAAGAUAUGUAAACAUUUAGACAUAUAUCUAUGAUCGGGAGUUUUCCCGGUGGUCAGUAUGCAAAUAUUUUUUUUAAAUUACGAAAAUUAUCAUUUUACAUCACUUUUCUACAUCGAUGGAUAAAAGAUCGCACAGGCUUUGCCGACAAAGAGCGUGUGUUUGUGUGCAUGGAAAUGUAUUAUCUAAUCUGUGUCCUAAAACACACCCCCGUCCUGCUUUCACUUCUAAUUUUAAUCGAGGGAGCGGUUCGUUUGUGAAUGAAUCCCUGUUAUGAACGUCUCGUUCACUUAGCCGACAAAAACAAGUUUCUGGAACUGCAGCAUCGUGUUGUCAUAUUUCAUUUACAUUGUUUGCUGAUUUUAUUCAACAAAAAUAGCAUAAGCACAGUAUUUAGUGCGAGUUGGUGCUACUUUGCCUUAGGAUCAGUGCAGUAAGUGACUGUAUUAUCUUCAAUAACGUUACUUGUUGAGCACAAAAGUUCGCAACAUACAAAAACGUAAAAUUCUUACCUAUGAAAUAUUAUGCCUUUGUGCUUUGUUUUCUUUGUUUGCUCAUUACUACACCCGUACACAGCACUAAAGUCCAGCAUAUUGGAUUUAGUCUCGACAAGUGCGGUUGAAUGACUUUUGUCCUGGGAGCACUGUACAAAUGUGGCGGCGCUAUUGACGCAUGGGCCUGCAUGCAGUAUCUAGUGUAAAUAUCUUUGAAAAGUUAUAAGGCAAUAGGUUUACUCUCUUUUUUAAGUAAAGUUAUAAGGCAAUGGGUUUACUCUCUUUUUUAAGUAAAGUUAUAAGGCAAUGGGUUUACUCUCUUUUUUUAAGUAAAGUCAACUAAUCACUUUUUACAGUGUAUGCGUGAGAUUAUCAUGUGAAUGACACAACAACAAAACAAUUCUAUGGGCUUUUUUUAAGUUGGUUAAUAUGAAUGUAUAAAAAAAGUCAUGUAUAAAUGUAUAAAGAACUCUUCCAUGUUUAGAGGUGUACAGUUAUUCAAACAAUUUAUCUUUAUUAACUAUCUAAUUGUAUUAGUCACCUUACUACUACAAUCAGCUGUUAAUGGAUGUAAAAUGUGAAAUGUUCUUUUUUAUUUAUUCAUUUUUUUUAAUUACUGUACUUGUGUGACAAAACAAACCACAGUGUGAUAUUGUGUUUGCGGGAGAAGUGAAACUAACGCAGCAGUGUGGGAACUUGCCGGGUCAAUUAUAUACACUUGUUCAUUUGGUGGAUGAUUUUAUUCAAAAAUGUUGCUUUCAAUGUAUGUUUAAUAAGUUAAUGUGUUCUCUGGGUAUCAACACGUGACCUUGGCUUUGCUAGCAGCAUGAUCUGCUACUGCAAAUUUACAUGGCAUUUUGUUAUUCACAAAUAUAGCACAAGCAUCUUCCUGAUGGCCGGAAUUAGACUUCUCAAGUCAUGACAUUCAAUUAAAUCCCACACCCUUUCUUGUAAUCCCAAAGCAUUGAAAGGUGCAUCUUCACUUUGUUAGUCAGCUGUGGUCGGAACAUUCCACAAAGUUUUGACAAAUUUUCCAUCUAAACUUGCGUGACUGGAACCUCAGGUCUUGACUGUGUGAUUUGAACUUUAAAAGGAUGGUCCACCCAAAACUGAAAAUUCUCUCAUCAGUUACUCACUUGUUCCAUACCUGUUUGACUUUCUUUAUUGUGUUAAACACAAAAGAAAACAUUAUUAUGAAAGCUGGAAACCUGUAACCAUUGACUUCCAUAGUAUUUGUUUGUGAAAAUACAGAAGGAAGGGGUUUCCUUAGUGUUCAACAGAAGAAAGAAACUCAGUCCUACUUUAUAUUAAGUGUUCUGAACUACUAUGUACUUGCAUCAAUAAAAUAAAUACAAUGUACUUACUAUGUUCAUAAUGUAUUUGAGAACACUUGUGGUGCUCUUGAGUUGGGAUAGGGGUAGGGUUAUGGACAGAUUUGGUGGUGUGGGUAGGUUAAAGGUGGGUUAAGGAGUUUCCUCUGGGUGCUCCGGUUUCCUCCGGGUGCUCCAGUUUCCCUCACAGUCCAAUAACAUGAGGUACAGGUGAAUUGGGUAGGCUAAAUUGUCCGUAGUGUAUGAGUGUGAAUAGCCGCGUUUCCACUAUCGUGCCUAAAGCGAGCGAGCCAGGGCGAGCCAAGGCCAGUUGCGUUUCCACUAUCACUUCCGGGGCGUAAUCGGGCCAAAGCGGGGCUUCCUUGGGGUCAGCGUCCGGCCUUUUUCGGCCCGCCGAAUACCUUGGGCCAAGGAGGGCCAACUGGGGCUUCGGGGCGGGGUUACGUACAAAGGCGGAGUUUUCCUGUCAGGUAAAGAGGAGACAAGAUGCUUUCUUGCCUUACAUUUGUUUUGCUAUCGCGCUUGAUCAACUCACUCGCCUUGCAGCCAAAAUCUGUGUUCGAAGUAAAUGCCGCCGAACUCGAAUGUCCUUAUCCAGGGAUCACUGUCUGGCCUUACACCAACAGACCACAAACAGUAAAAAAGCAAUCGCUUCGGUGUUCUCCAUCUUCCAGCUCUCGUAGUGAUGCCAGGUUGUGUUUGUGGUUAUAAUUUGAGUUUUUUGUUCCCGCUGAAGUGGGCGGGUUGUGUGACGUUUGAUUCGGGGGACGUUCUGGGGGCGGUGUUUGCGUGACGUGCUGCGAGCAACUAGCCCGACAGUGGAAACGCAACAUGAUUUCGGCCUCAUUUCUCAAACUCCCGGGCUAUUGGCCUGGCCUGGCCCGAUUAAAGCCCUGGCUCGCACUGGCCCGAUAGUGGAAAUGCGGCUAAUGAGUGUGUGGAUGUUUCCCAGAGAUGGGUUGCGGCUAGAAGGGCAUCCGCUGCGUAAAAUGUGCUGGAUGGGUUGGCGGUUCAUUCCGCUGUGGCGACCCCGGAUUAAUAAAGGGACUAAGCCGAAAAGAAAAUGAAUGAAUGAAUUACAUACAGGUGUUUAAUCAAUCAUAAUUACACAGUAAGUACAUUGUAACGAAUUAUUAAUUUCGGCCACAUAUUAGUUAAGGCCACUUAAUAUAAAGUGGGACCAGAAACUCAUAAAGGUUUUACUACUUGAGGAAGCAUAAACAGUAAAUAAAUUUUCAUUUUUGGGUGAACUAUCCUAUUAAAUAGAUGAACAUGAGCAAAAUAAGCAAGUGAACAUGGAAAACUAUUUAAAUAUUUGAUAAACUAAUACAAUUCUAUGUCUUUUGAUUAAUAGGAGAAUUAAAGUGCCAUAUCGUUUAAGAAAAUGAGUGUAUGUGCACUAAUACCACUUUAAAAUCCUGAAGUAACAUAAAGCAACCUGUGAAAUAUAGCAGGGGUAUGAAUAAAGCAUCCUUAGAUUCAUUCUGACAUAAUUUUAUUUGUAUACUUUUUAUUUAGCAUACGUUAUCAUUCCUCCCCCUGGGUGAUGUUACCUUUUACAGUCAUAAUCAACGUAGUUCGAAUGCCGGCACAGUUCAGGAAGCUUGAUUAACUGGUUAGUUUGUCUAUCGACUUAUUGUAGUUUAAAAGCAAGUUAUGUCUUAGUUUAGGAAAUUCACCUCAAACUGGCCUCAAGUGCAAGUUUGCAAGUGAGAUGUAAGAAUUCUUUAGAUUAUAUUUAGAAGUGUGCACGUCGAUUUUUUUGAGUGUUGAGAAUAAAACGUCGCCUUGGAAUUAUAAGGUUCUAUCUGCGUUCUAAAUGAUUUUGAGAUAUUGAACUUGAAAGUUUUUGCAUUCCAUACAGCAAACAAUAUGUGUGUAACAGUUCUCUUUCAUACAUUAACAUGACAGAGACCCUAAAUGUACUCUAAAUGUAAAUAAUCAAAGUUCUAUUAAAUUUGCAAAUCGGGUUAAAAAAACAGGGCAAAUGCAGAUAGAAUCUUUUAAUUCUGAAAAGUCACUUUCUGCUUGGAAUUAUAAGGUUGUAUCUGGCAAAUCAGUAAUCGAAGCAUUACUUUUCAGGAAAUACAAUCAGUCUGCUUAUUAAUUUAAUUAAAAAAUAAUAAAAUUGGUGUUGUAACAAAA